AUGUCCUGCUAUGACCUGUGCUCCAUGGGUGGCUGCGUCCUCCGGCCCCAGCCCCUGGCUGACAGCGGGAACGAUCCGUGUGUCCGUCAGUGCCCCGACUCCACCACCGUGAUCCAGCCUCCCGCCGUGGUGGUCACCUUCCCCGGCCCCAUCCUCAGCUCCUUCCCUCAGGAUUCUGUGGUGGGAUCUGCUGGAGCUCCCGUCCUCGCCGCCUCUGGGGCCUCCGGGGCCUAUGGAGGAUUUGGCUCUGGGGGUUAUGGGGGAUUUGGCUUUGGUGGCUAUGGGGGUUACGGAUCCCUGGGCUAUGGGGGUCUGUGGGGCUAUGGGGGCUCCUCGCUGGGCUUUGGGGGUCUGGGUUCCUGUGGGGGCUCCUCCCUGGGUUACCGGGGUCUGUAUGGCUUUGGGAGAUCCUUUGGCUCCUGCGGCUCUCGGUCCUCCCGCUUCGGCGGCUACCGCCGUGGCAGCUGCGGCUCCUGCUAAACCCAAAGGAAAAAUCCCUCAACUCGGCAAACAACACCAGUGGAUCCUCACCUGAGCUCCUGAGGAUGGGGCAGAGUGUCAGAACUUCACUUCAGACCAUGGAGACAGAACUCCUCUAGAAAUUCUCCUUUUUGUUUCCUCCUUCCAUUUUUUGGUCUCCUCUUCCCCGCCCCUACCACUGGCCAAAUGUGCGGCUCCACCAUCCGCUGGCUUCUCCCUGAAACUGCUGCCUCCUGCCACAAGGCUAAGGGAGCAGCUCUAGUGAGGAACAACCUGCUUGUCUUUGCCUCCGGUGUCCUUGUCCAAUGCCAUCUUCCCUGCCCUUGCAAUAAAAAAUCCUGCAUCCAA